AAAUAAGUACGUGUUGUAUACAAGUAUCAAUAUUUUGGAGCUUUUCAUCAAAUUAAUAAAACGUUGACGUGAAGACACACUACAGCGAAACUUCCGACUUCCAACUUAAUCUUUUACAUCUCCAUCUUGACAAAUCCUACAAUUGCGGACACUCUUGUAAGACCUGGAGAGGACCAGGAUUACUGGCCGAAACGUCGUAAUUUAUAAUAAAGAAUAGCCAGUAAGGUCGCCUCUACACUUCUUUAAAUUCUUAUUUUUUAACUGGCGUCACCAAACCGCUAUCAAUUCAAUUAAAGUUUUAAUAAAAACCGUUUCAAGAUUUAUCCCAUUUGCAACGACAAUUGUUCUCUCAUUUCUCUUCAAAGUCUCUCCGUAACAUCGCAAUGUUUCACACAUUCUCAAAGACGUGUACACCUUUGUCCAAUUUGAAUUUGAAAAUGCACGCAAAUUUCCCCUCUAGGAUUCUGUCAAAUCACGCAGUUUUUCGACUUUUCCGAGUGACAAUACUUGCCGGCAGCUCUCUUCAGAUUACUCGUGUCACACGUGUGCGCUGCUAACCAUAAAGACAAAGAGUAGUUUGAAAUUUGAGAUCAAGUUCAGGAGCGCAAAUUUCACCCGUGUAUAGAGAGGCAUUAAUGACUUGUUGAAAUUUAACGUUGCGAAUUGAAUUGGCAAUCUGCUAAUAGCGCAAGGUGUAUAUGUAAUUAGAAUCUUUUAGAUGUAAACGCAAUUUCAGUUUCGACGAUAGAAAUGAUCGUGGACGUGGGGUUGUUAUUUAAAUUUAAGAUACAUUAAUCGCGGAUGAAUGCCACUUAUGUAUCAUCAACGAGAUAUUAACGCGUGUCCGCAGUUCUGUCACGGACGGACAGGACUUAAAUAGCCGUUCAUAAAAUGAAGGCCAUCCCACGGAAGACGAGUGUAAACGAUUACAAUAGAUUUCGUUGGAACAUCUUACCAAGCGACGAUUACCCCGUCGAAGAGGAGAGAAAUAAAAGUGAGUAGGGGCGAUAGGGCCAACGGAGCUUUCCAAAUUAAAUUCCACGAGUUUCUAGAGAGAAACAAAUGUAAUAUCAUCGUGCGUCUCGUAUUUUUAUAUACAUAUAUUGUAUGCGUGUGCGUGCGUACGUGCGUGCGUGAGCGCGUGUGUAAAAAUAAUACGAUACAAGCUGGAACGGAGAAGGAUCGGUGCGCGACGAUGAGAUGGACUCGAUAGCGAUGGGGUCGCGCGUAGAAUGUGAAAUAUGACGUAUCGUGUUAUUGAACGAUAACUGCAAGUUAUUAGGGUCGAUUGACGAGUAACUGGACGUAAGGAGCGCGUAAAAUGUCUCUCAACGUGUGCGUGCCGCGUACAAAGCCGUGUCUCUCCGGCUACUCUUGGCCGCGGUUGGCGUUACGAGUUACGAGUUACGAGUUACGACACGGGCGACCUUACGUAUGUAAAUUAUUCCCAGCGGCACAAAUGCCGCUUGGCAGAUUCGCUCUCGCAGUUAACACUUGUGCUUCGCUCGAGGACGCUCCGGUCCGGGCCGUUCGAUUUUGCCGCGCUCGAUUUAACGUCUCCGAUUUCAGAUCUGCCCAAUUUCGUGCUUAUGUCGUUCGGGAUUUGCUAGUGGAUAAGUAACCAAGCAUCGGUCGUGAGAAGAAAAUGCAAAGUGGCAGCAACUUGAACCAAUUCAGCGACGAUGACUUUCUCAGCGGUGGGCCGUGUCCGUCGUGCAGAUUGGCCAUCAAUAAGGAGACUGGUAGACUCAAGUGGUGUACCGGCGGCAAUGAAGCGCGGCGUUUUCGUGUCAAACUGAUGCUCCUUAUACCCGCCGCGUUGCUGCCGAUUACUAUAGUGUUUAUCGCUCUGUCGCGAUUUCAAACUACGACCAAAGAUUCACGCGCCGUUUCCACUUUGUACGAGAUGCGUGGGCAGGAUCUCGUGAAGGACAAGAUCGAGGAUGACAUUUUUCGGCUGACUACCGGCCGCAACGACGUGGAACGUAGAGCGGAAGAAGCCGAGGAAGCCGAAGAAGAGGACCGGCUUUUGCUCCCCGAUAUGAAAACGAGUUACGUAGACAUGCAUCCUCCAUUUCGAUCGCAAUCGCCCCACCGACGCAAACGAGACAUCGACGGGGAGAAUCACACGAGACAUAUCGAAUUGGGCGAUCGGGCGACGUCUCGUUUAACUUACGGCAAAUUGGCAGAUUUCUUUUCGAGGGAAGAAUCGGAUAGGAAAACCGAUACAGCGGAGAGAGCCGUCUCGGCCUCGGACAGUGACAGGCUGCACGUCGACAGACUCAAGGUGAAGAAUGGCGACACGGUCGAGGGCAACAACGCACGGCGGGACAUGGAGGGAAACAAUUUUUUAGGUAUUGAGAAACGCUCGAAAGAAGGACCGGCGAGAAGGAACCGCGAGAAAGGCUCGUUCUCCAUUUCCAUCAAUGAAACGUGGUUAUCGAUAGCCGAUGGACACGUUGCGAUCGAGAACGUCCAAGUGCCGGAUCUGCGUACAUUCUGGAAAGGCGGAGGAAACGCCACAAGUAUCAGAGAGGCUCGAGCUCGAAUAAUGCUGAGAUACAUGGACGAGAGCGCGGAUCCGUGCCAGGAUUUCUAUCAAUACGCUUGCGGCAAUUGGGCGAAACGUAAUCCUAUUCCGAAAGACAAGGCCGGCUAUGAUACCUUCGAGAUGCUCAGGGAAUCGUUGGACUCGGUGCUGAGAGAAUUGCUAGAGGCUCCGAUAUCGCGCGACGGCGACGGCGACGAUGCCACGGUAAAGGCGAAACAUCUGUUUCAGAGCUGCAUGAAUUACGAGAUCUUGGAGCAACGUAUGGAACGACCACUCGUCCGGCUUUUGGACGAGCUCGGCGGUUGGCCGGUUCUAAGGCCAGACUGGGAUCCCGACAGAUUCGACUGGCUCCUCUUGACCGCGCAACUUCGAUUGUACAAUAACGACGUGUUGAUCUCAGAAUGGGUGGGUCCAGAUAUUAAAAACAGCGACAAGUACGUGAUACAGUUUGAUCAGACGUCGCUCGGGCUCCCUACGAGAGAUUAUUUCCUUCAACCGUCCAACGCGAUUUACCUAGAGGCCUACAAAGAUUACUUGACGAGAAUCGCAAUCUUGCUCGGCGCAUCCUUGAAUAAUGCGAGCGUCGACGCCGAGCAGCUGAUUGAAUUCGAAACGCAACUCGCGUCGAUUACGUCGUCCCCGGACGAAAGACGAAAUUUUUCGGAGCUCUAUCGACGAAUGAGUAUAGGUGAACUGAGAGCACUCGUGCCGCAAAUCGAUUGGCGCCGUUAUUUGUCGAUCGUCUUGGCUCGACCGAUUCACUUUUCCGAGCCAGUUGUCGUCUUCGCGUUGCAAUACAUCCAAGAUUUGGUUCUUUUGCUCUCAAAGACGCAACCUAGAACAGUGGCAAAUUACCUUUUAUGGAGAUUUGUGCGGCACAGAGUGAACAACCUGGACGACCGUUUCCAGGAGGUGAAGCAGAAGUUCUAUUACAUUCUCUUCGGUAGAGAACAAGCGCCGUCCAGAUGGAAAAACUGCGUAACCCAGGUCAACUCGAACAUGGAUAUGGCAGUCGGUUCGAUGUUUGUCAAAAAGUAUUUCGAUGAAAACAGUAAAAACGACACAUUAUCGAUGACUCGAGAGAUACAGCGAUCCUUUAGAGAGCUGCUGGACAAAACCAGUUGGAUCGACGACGAAACGAAGCGCUUGGCGUCUGAGAAAGUGAACGCUAUGUCGCUGAGAAUCGGCUAUCCAGACUUUAUCCUACAGUCACAUCUACUCAACGAACGUUACAAAGAUGUUGUAAUUCGACCAGACAAGUACUUUGAGAAUACUUUAAACAUCUUGCGUCACUUGACCAGGGUCGAACAAGCUCGCCUUGGCAGCGCUGUUAAUAAGACACUGUGGAACACUGCCCCAGCGGUUGUAAACGCUUACUACAGUCGCAACAAGAAUCAAAUAAUGUUUCCAGCGGGUAUACUGCAGCCUCCCUUUUAUCACAGAUUUUUUCCACGAAGUUUAAAUUACGGCGGGAUUGGUGUCGUGAUCGGACACGAGAUCACUCAUGGAUUCGACGAUAAAGGUAGACUGUUUGACAAAGAUGGCAAUCUUCAUAGGUGGUGGAGAGACAAUGCGGUCGAUGGUUUUCAUCGGCGAGCGCAGUGUCUUAUCGAUCAAUACGCGCGUUAUACCGUGACGGAAGUUGGAAUGCAGAUAGACGGUGUUAAUACGCAAGGAGAAAAUAUUGCCGAUAAUGGCGGCAUUAAACAGGCGUUUAGAGCGUACGAGAGAUGGCUACGUUCACACGAAAAGGAAGACGAGACCUUGCCCGGAAUAAGUGCGACAGGCAAACAGUUAUUCUUCUUGAAUUUUGCUCAAGUGUGGUGUGGUUCGAUGCGUCCUGAAGCGACGAGAAAUAAAUUGAAGACGGCUCUACAUUCACCCGGUAGAUUCCGAGUGAUCGGCACACUCUCCAAUACGAAAGACUUUGCCCAGGCUUUCAAUUGCCCUCCUGCUUCCCCCAUGAAUCCCACGAGCAAAUGCUCGGUGUGGUAAACUAUGUGGCGGACACGUACAUGAACAUAAAAAUUAAAUACAUAGUUUAUGUGCAUAUUCAUAUAAUUUAUCAUUGCAUUCUGAUCAUAUGGCGCAUUUGUUAUCGUGGAACGCUCGAGUGUACGCUUCAAGUCAAAACACCCAACGUCUACAAAUGUAUAAAAUAACAGAGAAAUACACACACGUUUUUUAACGCGCUCA